AUGACGAGGGAUAGCGGUCUUAGCAGCACCAGCAGGCCGGGACCCGCGGGUAGCGGCAGCAACGUCGUCAUGCCGCCCUCCUGGACGACUAUGGAGUUUGGCGCUCCAGGCUCUCUCCUAUACCGCCUCCUAUUCCUCGACAAGCAAUAUCGCGCCUUUUCCCCCUGGCACGAAAUUCCCCUUCACGCCGCGCUUCCCCCUUCCGCCUGCCCCUCCCCUCCGCCCGCACACGGGGAGCCGGGCCUAUCCGCCCUGUCCUUUUUCUGCGUUACCCCGCGCGGAACGUGGGCAAAGUUCGAAAUUGCCCAGGAUGAGAACUUCACGCCGGUUCGGGUGGCGGAGCGGCAGCCAAGCGGGGGCCCCGCAAGAUACGCGGAAAAUUGCCAAUGGAACCUGGGCGUGUUACCGCAGACUUGGGGCGAUCCGAGGGCGCCCAACGAAGAGUACGGAGGUCUGCCGUACGACGGAAAGCCAGUGCAAGUGUUCGACGUGAGCGGCUCGCGCGGCGCCGCGAGAGUCGGGGACGUGUACGUGGUGAAGCCGCUCGCCGCGUUUGCCGCCGUGAGUCGCGCGCCCGCGGUUUCGUGGAAGGUGGUGGCCGUGGCCGUUGACGACCCGCUGGCUCUGGAGCUGCAUGACGUGGCGGACGUACAUCGGAAGCUUCCAGGAACGCUCGAGGAGAUUCGCGAGUGGUUGCGGUUAUCGGACUGCAUGGAACCAGCACUCCCCAUCCCUUUCCCACCAUUUAACACCCCCUCCACCCCUCCCCCCCUCCACAACCCCUCCCUCCCCCCCCUUCCCCCACCCCCAAAUCCCGUUCCAUUUUACCUCCGUCCCCUGUACGCGCCCUCCUCUCUGCCCCUCCCCUUCCUGCUCUCUCCGCGCCGAGCACUUCAAUUUAUCCUGUCACCUCUGCUCACUCCCCACCUCCCCACCCUCCCGCCUCCCCUCCCCCCUCCGCGCCCCCCGCGCCCGUCCCCUUCCGUUUUCCCUUUUUCCCCCUCCCGGCCUUUCCCCCCUCGCCUCUUCCCCGCGCCCCCGUCACGCCGCGCCGCUCUAGGCGCCGAAGGCGUCGCGUUCGGCUUCAACGAGCGCGCAUUGGACCGCAGGCGCGUGCAAGCGCUGCUCAAGGAGUGCCACGUGGCGUGGCAGCGCAUGCACGCCACGCUCCCCAUGCCCGAGCCGUGGAUCCCGCGCUCGCGCCCGCCCAAAAUCUCCACUAUCGAAGCCUUCUGGGUGCCUUAUACCGAGCGCCACAGCAACUCGGGGAAAGGCGCGCUCACUAUCCCCCUUUCGGACCCCAACCCGCGGAGCUACGGCGGGAGCAGUAGCGGGGGGGUCGGAGGGGGAGGGAGAGGCGCGGAGGAGGAGGAAGAAGCGGGGGAAAGAGCAGGCGCGGGCGCGGGAGCGGGAGGGCAGUCGGUAUGGGAGGUAAUGUCAGGUCUAGAAGCGAUGCAGAUGCUAACUAAGCUCCGCGCGCGCAAGCACCUGUCGCGCCCCGCGUUCUACCAAAUGAAAGGGACCAUCCCCGGAGGCCCCGGGAUCGCCCUGGGCGGCGCUGCGGGCAGCAGGGGGUCCGGACGCGCGGGGGGGAAGGAGCACGGGGGCGGGAGCAAGGGGAGACGGGGCAGUGCGGCUGGGGGGACCGGGGGAGUUGGGGCGGGGGCGGUAGCAGGGGUGGGAGCAGUUGGGGGAGCGGGGGCAGGAGCGGGUGCGGGAGGGGGAGCGGGUGCGGGAGGAGGAGCAGGAGUCGGGCCAGGCGGAGUGGGGGAGGAGGAUGGGCAUGGCAAGUCCAAGUUUAGGUGGGGGAAAGCGGCCAAGGACGUGAAAGCAUGCACUGUGCCUGCUGUCUCUACUGGCUCGCCUAGGGCCUCCUGGAGACGAGCAGCGCUGGUGAAGGAGAAGGCGAGGUUGGAUGAGCUGCAGCAGCAGCAGCAGCAAGGUGGGGCAGAGGGCGAAGGAGUAGGAGCACUGGCCACACCUGCUGCUGCUGCUGCUGGUGGCAGCGGCGGUCCGGGGGGUGAUGCAGUUGUGGGAGUUCCUGCUGGGGAUGCAAAGGCGAAGGAGGGCGGCAAGGUGAAGCGCGGCCUGUCUGCAAGAAAACCCAAGGGGCAGCAGCAGGAGAAGGCGAAGAAGGGCCAGACUAGUGUGGUGCCCGUGCUGCCAAGCGAAACUGCAAAGGAUCUUUCAGUUGCGAAGGUUCCCUCCUCAGGCGAUGCUGCUGGUGCGAUGGUGGCUGCUGGGGUGGGGGACGAGCGGAGUGACGGAGUGGUGAAGGGCGGGGAUGAUGGGUUGAGCGCGGUUUCUUGGGGCAACGGGGGAGGUGGGGGAGAUGGUGGAGUGGAAGGCCGAGGAGGUGAGCAGCAAAGGACAGGAGCGGUCAAGGAGGCUUUGCUGCUGGAGCAGCAGCAGCAGCAGCAGGAGCAGGAGCAGGAGCAGGAGCAGGAGCAGGAGCAGGCGCAGGAGCAGAAGCAGCAGCUUUUGAAGCGGUUCAGUCCGGCGCCUCUGGAUGUGCAGGGGCAUGACGAUGUGUAUGAUGCGGAACCGAAUGCUGCUGCUCACCCGCAAGAGCUACAGCAGCAGCAGGCACAGGAGGAGGAGCAGCAGCAACAGCACCAACGGCAGCAGCAGCAGCAGCAGCAACCGCACGUGUACGCGCCUCCUCUCACGCCCCAGCCGCUCACGCCUCUGCCCGUGUCCACAGCCCCUGCGCUGCUCUCCCCCCUGCGGCAGCAGCAGCAGCAGCGGUGGCAAGCAGUGGAAGAACGGCCGCCGGAGCGAGUAAUUAUAGAAGACCACCAGGAGGUUCUAGGCCUGGGGGAAAGGGAAGGUGGGGAGGAGGAUGAGGAGGAUGAGGAGGAGGAGAGGGAGAGGGGGAGAGAGGGUUGGGAGGAGAGGGACGAGGGGAAGCAGGGGAAAGGGGGCGGAGGCGGAAGCGGAGGCGGGUCAGCGCCGUCGCCUAGAGCUCUAGAGCUGCUGGCAGGGCUGAAGAAGCUGGUAAGUCCGCGGCAUAGCCAGUCUGGAAGACGUGUGAGAGGGUUCGGACGGUCAGGCAGCUCUGGUGGGAGCGAGGGUGAAGUUACUGCUGCUUCUCCUGCUGCCGCUGCCGCCACCGUUGCUGCUACUGCUGGUGCUGGUGCUGGUGCUGCUGCUGCUGCUGCUGCUGCUGCUGCUGCUGCUGCUGCUGGUCUUGCUGCGACAGGGGCAGAAGAAGGGGCGAGUGAAGCAGCAGGAGGCAUGGAUGGGGGCGUGUGGAGAGAUGGGCCGGAAGGAGGGUUGCAGCAGGUGAGAGAGGGAUUGGAGGAGGAAGGGGAAGGGGAAGGGGAAGAGGAGGAAGGGGAUGGACCUGCAGGGGGGCUGCUAGAAGGGAUGCUGGCUGGGAAGGGUGUGUUGCUAAUGGGUCGCCGAUCUAAGCAGCAACAGCAACAGCAGCAACAGCAGGGUGUGCGUUAUGAAUGGGAGGUGGAGAGAGGUAUGGGUGGUGAGGAAGAGGUGGGUGGGGAGAGGGAAGGAAGUGAAGAGGAAGCGGAGCUAGAGACGGGACGAGAAGAGGUGGAAGAGGAAGAAGCAGGAGGGGAAGGGGAGGAGGAGGAGGAGGAGGAAGAAGAGGAGGCGGAGGAGGAAGAGGGAGAGAUAACUGAAGUGGAGGUGAGGGAAGAGGAGAGUAAUGGCGGUUUGGUGAGUGGUGGUGGGGAGGAGAGAGAAGAAGCAGAGCGGUUGGAAGGGGGGUUAAAUCAAGGAAGCGAUGCGGAAGGUGCAGAGAAUGAAGAGGAAGAGGAGGGAGAAGAGGAGGAGGAGGGUGAGGAAGUGGAGGGAGAUGAGGAGCAAGAGGAAGAAGAGGAGAGGGUAGAGGAGGAAGAGGAGGACUUGUAUUCUGAUACGGCAGAGGGUGAGGGGGGUGUUAAGGAGGAGAGCGUGAGGAGUAGUGGAAGGAGGGAGCUUGAAGAAGAAAAUCAGAGAGAAGGGGCGAUUGAAGAGUGUGAGGAGGAGGGAGAGGACGAGGGAGAGGAGGGAGAAGAGGGAGAGGAAGAGGUAGAGGAGGAUGAAGAGGAGGAGGGAGAGGAAGGAGAUGAGGAUGGGGUAGAAGGGGAGGUGGCGUUGGUGGAGAGAGGCCGCGACUAUGGAUCAAGGGAGUAUGGGGAGAGAGAUGCUAGGGAGCGAGAAUUAAGGGAGCGAGAAUUGAGGGAGCGAGAUUCGAGAGGAAUGGGUUUCAGAGAAAGGGAGUGGAAGGGCGAGAGUGAGAGGGGUCGGGAUGAGUAUAUGGAGAGGAGUAGGGAGAGGGAGAGGGAUAGAGAGAGGGACAGAGACGGAGAGAGGGACAGGGAUCGAGACGUGGAGUAUGAGAGGGAGAGAGAGAGGGAACGGGAGCGGGAGAGGAAUAGAAGCAGAGAGGGGCCGUUGCACAGUAGGGGUAGGUCUCCCGCUGGUAGGGCACCCAGACCUGAAGGCUAUGGCCCCGGGGGCGAGCGGCGAGGGGAUGAGAGGCGAGGGGAGGAGAGGAGAGGGGCAGGGGGUUAUGAUGGGGAGCGUGGGGGAAGCAGCAGUGGGUAUGAGAGGGAGUAUGGAGGGGGCAGAGGGGGAGGGGGAGGGGGAGGGUUCUCAUUUGAUCGGAGCAACUCAUAUGAUCCAGAGAAGGAGCCGGAGAGGGAAAGGGAGAGGGAGAGGGAGAGGGGCGGUCCUGCACAGUACGAUAGGGAUAGGGCUGGAGGGCCGUAUGACCGCGAUAGGGAGAGGCAGAGAGAAAGAGAGAGGGAGAGGGAAAGAGGCGGUCCAGGUUCAAUGUACGACCACCAGCCUGUCACUCCUCCUCCGCCUGCCGACCACUCGCUGCCUCAGCAGCAGCAGCAGAGGCAGCAGCAGCCGCAUUCGGCAAACUGGGAUAGGGAGAGUGAAAGGGAUUACCGGCAUGGGCCGGGGGGAGGAGGGGGGCCAGCAGGAGGAGGGUACGAUGGAGGGAUAGAGUACCGUCGGACUAACACGGGUCACAGUGAGAAGGACUUUGAGACAGGCGCAGGGGCGUAUGGAGCGGCGGGAGGGUAUGGCCCUAUGGGUGCUGCUGCUGGCCCUGGCGGUGCGGGUAUGGGAGGGAUGGGAGCGGCUGGGCCGGGGGGAGCAGCAGGAGCAGGAGCAGGGGGAGCAAUGUAUGGGUCUGCUGCAUACAGGAGGCGGUUUGGCAUGGAAGGGGGAGGGUAUGGCGGCGGGGAUGUGGGCGGGGAGCGGAGGCGGCCGGAGAAUUUCGAGUCGGAGGAGAUGGAGCUGCAGAAGCAGCUGUCGGGGCAACGGGCGGACCGACGCCGCAUGGUGAGUGCUGGGGGGGAGAAAGGGGGAGAGAAGAUAGGGAGGGGGAAGGGGCGGGUUUUGAGACGUGUCAAAAUGAACUUCAUAUCAUGUGAGUCGGACGAGAUGGAGCUGCAGAAGCAGCUGUCGGGGCAGAGAGCGGACCGACGCCGCAUGGUUAGUGCAAAGGGGGGAAAGAACGGGGGGAGAAGGGGAGGGGAGAGUGUAAGGGGGAGAGUUGGGGCUUCCCUCCCUCCCGCCUCUCCGUUCCUGUUCCAUCACGUGCCAAUUGCCUCUUCUGCCCUCCUCCCUGCCCAUCCUCCUCAUCUCCCAUCCACCCUCUCUUCCCCUCAUAUAUACACACACUUUCUUAUUUCCCUUUCCCACGUCUCCCCCUCUUCCCGCCUCCUUCCGCUCUCCCUUCAACAGGAGGCGAUGAGGAAGCAGCAGAUGCAGGGGCAGCAGGGCAGAGGAGGAGUACCAGCGGGUUGGGCCAAGCCCAAAUGGUCCGAUAAAGACGCUGCAAACCCCCAUGCUGCUGCUGCCACCACCGCCGCCGCCGCCGCUGGUGGUGCUGCUGCUGGCGGUGCGUUUGGAGCCUAUGCCAUGUUUGGAAACUUUGCCGGAGCACCCCCGGGUGCGGCCGGUGCAGCAGCAGGAGGAGCGGGUGGGCCGGCUGGUAACCCUAUGGGUGCAGGAGCAGCGGCAGGAGGUAACCCGAUGGUCCCUCCUGCGUUCAUUCCCAUGGGUCCUCUCGGGCCGAUGAUUCCUGUAGCACCCAUGGGGGGGAUGCCCAUGGCUGGGUAUGGCCCUGGGGGGAUGAUGCCUGGGCAGAUGAUGCCUGGGGGAGGGAUGCCUGGUCGCAUGCAGGGCAUGCAGGGAAUGCAGGGCAUGCAAGGGAUGCAAGGAAUGCCCGGGGGCAUGCCUGGUAGGCCAGGAAUGCAGGGAAUGUCGGGAAUGGCCUAUGGUGCCCCUCCCGGCUCUGCUGGUGGUGCUGCUGGGGGGUCGUUGCUGUCGCAGCGAGCAGCAGCAGAGGAGCUUCGAUCGGAGAUCACGGAGCAACGCUCGCUCUACUCGCAGCGCCUCUCUGUCGCUCUCACACGGCGGGCCAGCCUCGGGUCGUAUGAGAAUGAUGGGUCGGGGGGGACGCAUACGGGCGAUGCCGUUGAUCGGGAGAAUCUGCACCGUACGUUUUCCGGGUAUGGGGGGUAUGGGGGGGGUGUGCCCCCGGCUAUGGUUAGGGGGACUCCGCCUAGGUAUGGCAUGGGGGGGCGGAGGCUGGGUGGGGGACCGGGGGGAGGGGGCGGAGGGGUGGGGUAUGCUGCUAGUGUGGGGGGAGGUUAUGCUGGUAGUGUGGGGGGGUAUGGGGAAGGCGGAGCGGGUUCGCUGAGCCGAAUGAGCUCAGGGCCGAGGGAGCUGCAGAGGCGGGCCAGUGACUCACCUCACGGGCUGGCAGCGGUGGGUGUGGGAGGCGGGGGAGGGGGAGCAGCAGCAGGGGAGGACGCACGGUCGCUGCGCAGGCAGACAGGGGGGAGCUGCGUCAACAUUGGCACGUCUUCCUCUGCUGCGUAUUCCAUGGCUCCCACGCUUCUCCCCUCUGGAGUUGGCCCUGGUGUUCCCCUAGAGGACGGGUUUGUUGAUGGGGUGGGCGGAGGGGGUGGUUGGGGAGGAGGCAGGGGCGGGGACGGGGGAGGGCGGGGGGGCAGCACCAGCCUUGCGAGUGGGCCGAGUGGGGAGAGGGGUGGGGGAGGAGGGGGGCUGAGGACGCAGCUAAGUGGGGUGUCAUCGGUGGGGGAGGGAGAGGGGGGGGCAGAGCGGACGAUUGCCAAGGGGAGGCUGAUGCGGCAGCUGCUGGCAGCCGAGCCGGAAAGGCGAGGAGGAGUAGGCGGGAGAGGAGGGAGAGGAGGCGGAGGGGGGAGGCCGGGGAGUAGUAGCAGCUCUAGCAGUGUGCAGGCGUCUAAGUAA